AUGCCUAGCCUUCCUUUGCUGUUGCUUCUUUGGGGCACCAGCUCUUAUGCCUUCCCCGUGUUUGAAGAAGGACACCGGCAAGAUGUGGAGACUACCUGGAAAUACCUGGAAAACUACUACAACUUGAACAAAGAUACAGCAGGUAACAACCCGAGUGGGAAGGAGUUGAUGGCUACAAAGCUGAAGCAAAUGCAGCAAUUAUUUGGGCUGAAAGUGACUGGAAAGUCUGAUUCUCAAACCCUGAGUGCCAUGAGGAAGCCCAGGUGUGGGGUAUCUGAUGUGACACCACAAGCUAUCACUUACGACAAUCCCCGCUGGACAAAAACAGAUCUGACAUACAGCAUUUUAAACUACACACCAUAUUUGUCAAGAGCAGUUGUGGAAGAGUCCUUCGAGAAAGCCUUCCAAGUCUGGAGUAGUGUGACACCACUAACAUUCACCAGGGUCUAUGAUGAGGAUGGAGACAUUGUGCUGGCUUUCUACAGAGGAGACCAUGAUGACAAUAACCCUUUUGAUGGACCUAACUAUGGCCUUGCUCACGCUUUUCAGCCAGGCCCAGGGAUUGGGGGCGAUGUUCAUUUUGAUCUUGAUGAAAGGUGGACUGACACCAGUGAGAAUUUCAACUUAUUCUAUGUUGCAACUCAUGAAUUGGGCCACUCCCUUGGACUCACUCAUUCUUCUGAUAUAGGGGCACUAAUGUUCCCCAGCUACACAUGGUACACUGAUGACUUUGUGCUAAACCAGGAAGAUAUUAAUCGCAUCCAGGCUUUAUAUGGACAUUCCCCAAAUCCCAUCCAGCCCACAGGUGCAACAACCCCACAACCGUGUGAGAGUGGUCUAAACUUUGAUGCUAUAACUACUUUUCGGGGAGAGGUGAUGUUCUUUAAAGGCAGGUUCUACAUUCGAGUAAACAGAUUCAUGGCAGAACCUGAGCUCAAUUUGAUAGGUAUACUCUGGCCAAAUCUGCCAGGUAAACUUGAUGCUGCUUAUGAAGCUAGUAUAAUAGAUGAAGUCCGCUUUUUCAAAGGCGAUAAGGUGUGGGCUGUACGUACACGGAGUGUCCUGAGUGGAUUCCCAGUGGACAUCCACAGUUACUUCGGCUUCCCGACAAGUGUGACACACAUUGACGCAGCUGUCUGUGAGGAAGAGACUGGAAAGACAUACUUCUUUGUUGAUGACAUGUAUUGGAGGUAUGAUGAAUAUAGACGGUCCAUGGAUCCAGGUUAUCCCAAAUUAAUAACAGAGGACUUCCCUGGAGUUGGCAAUAAAGUUGAUGAUGUUUUCCAGAAAGAUGGGUAUUUCUAUUUCUUUCACGAAUCAAAUCAAUACAGAUUUAACCUCCAAACAAGAGUGGUUGAUGCUUCCCGGGAUUCUAACACCUGGUUCAACUGCUAA